UUUUAUAAAAUUAGUUCCUUAGUAUUCACCAAGCAGAGCCCAAAGCAAAACUCCAAAUCAAAAUGAACAGCCAAGCUAUUAUUGAGAAAAUCGUCGAAAAGAUGAAGGCUGUCGACCCAGCAAAGAGGACCAUCUUCGUGAUUUAUCAAAUCAACUUCACCAAAGCCGACGGAACUCCAUCAAAGAGUUUUGUGCUGGACUUGAAGGAUCUCAAGAUCUACGAAGGCAAGGUUGACAAUGCCGAUGGUGAAUUGACUGUUGUCGAUGAAGACUUUUAUGCUUUGGCUUCACAGAAAAUCUCUUUCGCUGACUUCGUUGCAAGCGGCAAGGCAAAAAUGAGCGGAGAUUUGAGUGCCCUGAAAGUGCUCGUUGAGAAAUUCCACUCUUAAGUUAUGAUUAUGACAAAUUAUGCUGAGUUUUCUUAGAAUUUAUAUUAAAUACAGAAAAAAAUGAUAAAAA